AUGGUAUACUUCAUAGCGUGUCUAUUACUGGCCGCGGCAUACGUUGUAUCUAUUGCCGUCUACAGGCUAUUCUUCAGCCCUCUUGCUCGUUUUCCGGGGCCCAAGUUGGCCGCCCUCACAUUCGGCUACGAGUUCUAUUACGACUUUUUCAAAGAUGGAGGUGGCCGAUACUGGGCUGAGAUCAACCGCAUGCAUGAUGUAUCAGGACCCAUAGUGCGUAUAAACCCAUGGGAAGUGCACAUUCGGGAUCCAGAGUUCACCGAAGCCUUCAAAAUCUCGAGAAAGACGUCCAGGCCGUGGUGGUAUUACCGGUCCAAUGGUCCGCCGAACAGUGUCCUACAAGCCGGCCCUCAUGAGCUACAUCGGAUGCGCCGCGAGGCUAUCCUGCCCGUGUUCGCCACCCCUCUGGUCAUGUCUCGCGAACACUUAUACGAGGCGCUGGUGCAAAGAUUACUCGCGAGAUUCCGCGCUGCCAAGGGCACCGGCGCCGUAUUGACCUUGGGCCAUGCUUUCCGAUGCCUCGCCAUCGACCUGACUUGCACCACGAACCUCGGCUACGACUUUGGGUUCGUCGACGUCGAGGACUUUGAGAAUGAAAUGUUCAAGAUUGCGAGGACCCUGGGUCGCAUGAACAUGAUCAGCCGGCACAUCGGACACUGGUUCUUUGCGGUGAUGCGAGCGCCCGCGCGCUGGGCCAAGCGCGCGGAGCCCGUCAGUCCUGGGAUGAUUCGCGUUUUGCGGUUCCGGAACAUGAUCGACCAGGCCGUCACAGAUCAGUAUCGUGCUGCAACGACCAAUGACACAACUAUACGCGAAAAGACCGGCGGCGACAACUUCAAAUCCACCGUGCAGCAUAUCCUCGAGUCAAACCUUCCAGCCCACGAGAAGGAGUUGACGCGCGUGGUAAACGAGGUCUGGCUCUGCAUCAACGCGGGCAUCGACACAGAAGGCCAAGCCAUCGCCUUUGCGACCUUUAUGCUCCUAAGCCACCCCGACAAGCUCGCACAACUCCGCAAAGAGCUGGCGGACUGCGAGAAGAGGCUCGGUAGAUGUCCCACGUACCAAGAGCUCAAGGAGCUAAACUACCUACACGCCGUCGUCCAGGAGUCGUUCCGUCUAAACCACCCCAUCGCCGGCCGCUUGCCCAGAACCGACCCGGACAAUGAGAUUCAGUACGGGGACGUAAUCAUACCCAAGGGUGUCACCGUCUCCGUGUCCACGUACGAUAUCUACCUCGACGCCAACAUCUUCCCAGAUCCGCACAGAUUCGAGCCCGGACGUUGGCUUGACCCGGGCGAGAGGAAGCGCCUCCGCAAGUACGUCAACAACUACGGCCGCGGGACCCGCAGCUGCGUGGGGAUGGACGUGGCCAAUAUGGGAAUCUACUUGACGCUGGGGCGCAUCUUUGCUCCGUCGGCUGGCUUCGAGCUGGCGUUGCACGAUACGCUGUAUGAGCGCGAUGUCGCCUUUGAUGCCGACUUUUUCGGGGCGUUUCCCAAGAGCGGUUCGAACCACAUCAAGGCAACCGUAGUCUAG